CUUGGAGGCCAACAUCCCAGCUGCUGGCCUACCUCUGCCUUAUGUCCACCUCCUAAAGGCCACACCCUGCCAACUGAAGUUCUCCAGGCCAGCUACUAGAGACAGAGGGAUCAACAAAGCCAAAGUGCGCCACCUUCCCACCAGCGCACAACCAGGACUCCAAAAUGACAGAGGAAUCAGAGCACCUAAAGGAUGCAAUGCCCACAGAGAGGAAGUCCACGUGGAGGACGGCCGAGGAGAGGCGGAUGUCCGACCUUACGCGGGUGCUGGAGUGGCUGGAGCGGAGGCAGGGGAAGCAAAAGCAAAAACCCAAGGGGAUAAUGGCCCCUAAAACAAAUGGGAAAGAAGGAAAGAAAGACCAAAACCUCCUGAAACAGCAGAGAGGGAACCGUCAGGUGGCGUUUGCCAACCAGCCCUCAAAGCAAAGCGCCAAGAACGCCGUGGACCCAAAGGGAAAACGCCUCAGCAUCGUUUCCAGCAAAUACACCAAGGAUGGGCCCAGGAAAUCCGACCUCGACAUCAAGGACGCAAUCGCGCUGGAGUCGACUCAGCGGCCCCAGCCCUACCGCCGCCAGAGCGUUCUGGACCCCGCGUUGCAGGAAACGCCCGUUUUCGGCGGUCGGAAGUCGACCCUCCUGAGAGACUGGGUUAUAAACAGGACGACCGAGAUCUCCUAUGAGCGCAAGCUGAAGAGUCUCAUGGAGAAGAGCACUGAGCCCAAAGUGGAGCUGGUGAGGAUGCUGAAGCCGGAGGAGGUGCUGAGCUGCCGAUACCUGAGGUUGUCCAAGAACAACAUUCGGACCUUGCUCAAGCUAUGCAAGGACGCAGGCAUGAACGUGGACAUCCACCCCCACAUGGUCGAAGGAGAGAUAGAUGCUAAAAAGGUGUUCGCCCAAAACCCCAGCGUGGCCCUCUAGGUCACCACAGGAUCUCUCUGCUGUUGGACCCUCGGCCCCCAGACAGCAUCCUCUGGUAUGCCCCGCCUAGGCCUUCAGACCUGGGGCGUCCCUCUUAGACGGUAGCCAUCAGAAAACAAGGCUAAAGUGCAUAGAUCAUCAUGCAAAUGUAGCGUUUGUCCUUGACCCGAGUCAGAACCAACGUAGGGGAAACUGUGGGUCUUCUCCCCACCAAAAGAAGACUGUAGAAAGGCCUUCUUGGAAAAGAAGUCUUAGAAGUGAGCAAUGGAGACCCAGGGUCCCCAGAGGGACAUCAGGAGGGGCAAAGGGCUGAGGGGCUGGUUGGGGACACACACACCACAGGUCUUACACACCACCCCACCCCUGCCCAUGUGGGACGGGGGUGACCUGAAUGCCACACCUUCAAGGGGCUGCUUGGUGCUUUCAGACCCUUAAGGGGGGGAGGGGUCUGCCACGGGAGUCUCAGCUCUCAGACCCGAGGUGCUCCUGCAGAGUCGGGUUGCAGGCUUCCCCUGGGGUUUAGUAGAGAUCAGAAAAGAGAGGGGAGAGGCAUGCAGAGGAGAGACCUUACCCCACCCCAGACCCUAGGGCCCCCUGGGUGCUCUCCUGGGGUCCAGAGGGCUUUUCUGUGUGGACUCCACAGGCACAAGGAGCCUCCAACUCAGCUUCUUGACAUUCUGACCAAAUAAGCCUACAGUGAGCCCCAAGAUUCACAGCUAGCGUUGAGAAAGGAACACUUAUCAUUAGUUAUCAGGAAUGCAAAUGAAAAGCAACCCCAAGCCAAUGUCCCUUGGCAGACAGCACCACCUGCAGCACAUUAUACACUAGUAUUUUAUAAACUCUGAAAUGGUCUCGUGAUUACAUCUUCAGUAGAAACAGACACAUACACCAGGAACAGAUUCACACAGGUACAAUCCCCUGGUUUAUGGCAAAGGUGACACUGUGGUGCAGUGGGGGAAAAGACAAUCUUUUCAAUAAAUCAGGCUGGUCAAUUAAAUGUCCAUAUGGAAAAAAAUAUCGACCCUCCGCCUCCCGCUGUAUGCAAAAAUCAGUUCCAGAUGGAUGCAGAUUGUGAAAGCUUCUAGAAGAAACAUAGAAGACAAUCUCCAUGAUCUUGGGGUAGGCCAAAAAAUUUUAAACAACGCAAAAAGCCUCAGUAAUAAAAGAAAAUAUUAAUAAAUUCUAUCAUAAUGCAAGUAGAACAUCUGUUCAUCAAAACACAUCAGUAAGAGAGUGAGAAUUCAAGUGACCCCAGUGGGAGAAGAUAGAUCAAAGGGCUCAUACACAGAUGACCUGUUUUCAACUCCUAUAAAUCAGUAUGAAAAAGGCAGGUAACUCAAUCAAAAAAAUGGGCCAAAGCCUUGCAUAGGCACCUUGCCUGUGUUUAGCCAAGUGACCAACAAAAAUAAGAAAUUUUGUUAGUUAUCAGGAAUGCAAAUGAAAAAAAGAAGGCAGCACCACUAACACUUACCAGAACGGCUAAAAAGAGUGACAAGGGAGCCUGGGUGGCUCAGUCGGUUAAGCCUCUGCCUUCGGCUCAGAUCGUGAUCCCAGAGUCCUGGGAUCGAGUCCCACAUGCGGCUCCCUGCUCACUGGGGAGUCUGCUUCUCCCUCUCUUCCCUGCUCAUGUGCUCUCUCUCACUAUCUCUGUCUCUUUCUCAAAUAAAUAAAAUCUUUAAAAAAUAAAAAUAAAAAGAGUGAUGAUAUCAACUAUAGUUGAAAAUGUAGAGCAAGGAGAACACUCAACACAUGAUUGCGAUGGGAGAUUGGCAUGACCACUUUGGAAAACUGGCGGUUAUCUGCAAAAGUUGCAUUUACACCCAAGCCGUGGUCCAGUGUUUCCAUUCCUAGAUACAUACUUCACAGGAUUGUACAAAUAGGUGCACCAAAAGACUGUCCCAGAAUGUUCAUCAUUCAAUAUAGCCAAAUGCUGGGAUCCACCCAAACGUGCAUGGGCGGUAGACAGGAUAGCUCACGGUAUAGUCAUACAAUGGAAUACUGCAUCAAAACGAGAAUGAACAAAUAUGGAUGAACGAAGCACACGACAUCAUGCAGAAGGAGCACGAUACAAAAAAGAACAACUGCAUGGUUCAUGUAUACAACCGUCCCCGAGGCGAGACGAAUCUACCGAGUUAGAAGCCAGGAGAGUGGCAGCCCCCAGAGGAUGGUGUGUCGUGGCUGGAGGGGCACCUGCCGUGUUGCCCACACAGGUGUUCACUUGUGAAGUUCAUUCUUGUACA